AUGUAUGGAGACACUGCUAAUAAGCUUAUACUAGAUGCCAAAAGAUCAGCCAACUUAUCAGAAAUCCCAUUAUAUCAAUCCAAUUUAAUCAAUCUUAUAAUCAAAGAAACCAACGAAUUAAAUAAAGAUGCUCAAUAUUUGGCAGAACUUCAUCAACUAAAACAAGAAGAAAAUUCAGAAGAAUUAACUGAAGAAGAUGAGAAGAUUAGUCAAUGUCAAGAAUUCGUAACUCAUUUAUCUAUGAGGCGGAAUAAAAGAUGUUUAUUGGCAUAUGAGAAAUUAAGAGCUGAUAAAUUGGUUGAAUUUACUUGGUUGAAUAUUGAUCCUAUAUCUGAAUCAGAUGAGAGUAAUGCAACGACGGGCACCGCUGCAGGAACUAGCACUAGUGGUGGCGGUAAUAGUAAGACACAGAAUAUACCGUAUUCUGACAGUAUUUAUAAUAACUAUACUACAAAAGUGGCAUUGGAUAAUCUAAGUCAUGCAGAACAAGAUUUCCUUAAGAAUUAUCAAGAUUUAUUAGUGGAUUAUAAAUCAAACUUUCCUGAUAUCGAUCUUUCCGGAGAUUUAGAACCUCCAACGAAUAUAUUCAUCGAUGUUAGGGUGCUUAAGGAUGGUGGAGAGGUUCAGACUGAGUAUGGGUGUUUUAAUUUGAUUAAAGAUUCUCAGUUCUAUGUGAGGAAGUCUGAUGUUGAACGAUUGAUCCAACAAGGCUAUUUAGAAGAGAUAUAA